AUGGAAGCCAACACCGUUUUGAAGUCUGAAAAGACUCCCCGCGCCGAGUCGGUUGAGCUUGCCGAAUCGCAGGCCUUUGACGAGACCUCCACGAAGAAGCUCCUAAGAAAGCUGGACUGGCACAUCAUCCCUUUCAUGAGCUUGAUCUACUUACUCUGCUUUCUGGACCGGACCAACAUUGGCAACGCCAGACUGGACCACCUGGAACAGGAUCUCAAGCUGCACGGCCUCCAGUACAAUGACUGCCUCGCCGUCCUGUUCCCGUUCUACAUCGCGGCCGAGAUCCCGAGCAACAUCAUGAUGAAGCGGCUCAGGCCGUCCAUCUGGCUGACGUUCAUCAUGGUGUGCUGGUCUGCCUCGAUGAUAGGGCAGGGCUUCGUGAAGGGCUACAACGGACUCAUGGCCACGCGGGUGUUCCUGGGCAUCUUCGAGGGCGGCCUGUUCCCCGGCGUCAACUACUACAUCACGCAGUGGUAUUGCAGGCACGAGUGCGGGUUCCGGAUGGCGCUGUUCUUCUCCGCCGCGACGCUCGCCGGUGCGUUUGGCGGCAUCCUCGCUCGAGGGAUCGCGGAGAUGCACGGCGUCGGCGGGCUUUCUGCGUGGGCCUGGAUCUUCAUUCUCGAAGGUAUCCUGAGCAUUCUGGUGUCCUUCACGGCGUACUGGGCCAUCUACGACUACCCGGCGACCGCACAGUUUCUUAGCGACAAAGAGCGGUCCGAGGUCCAGAGGCGGCUGCAAGAAGACUCGGGCCAUUUAUCAAACGAUUUCGACAUCAAGUACGUGUGGCAGGCGAUCAAGGACUGGAAGAUCUACAUCCACAUGCUCGUGUGCAUGGCGGGCUUCUGCCCCAUCUACUCCAUCGCCCUCUUCCUGCCGACCAUCAUCAAGAACAUGGGCUACACGGCCAACAACGCCCAGCUGAUGUCCGUGCCGCCGUACUGCUUCGCCUGCGUCUUCACCAUCGCCGCGAGCUGGUACGCCGACAGGGUCAGACAGCGCGGAGUGUUCCUGAUGGGCUUCCAGCUUGUGGCGAUCCUGGGAUUCGGGUUGUUGGUCGGCACGAGUAAGUCCUCGGCACAAUACGCCGGGACCAUCUUCGCCGCGAUUGGCAUCUAUCCGCAGAUCCCUCUUGGUCUUGCCUGGAACAGUAGCAACAUCGGCGGCAGUCUGAAGAGGGGAACCGGUAUAGCGAUGCAGGUCAUGGGAGGCAACUGCGGCGGCAUCAUCGCAUCCUACGUCUAUCUUAGCCGGGAUGGCCCUCGCUACACCACGGGCCACAGUAUCCUUAUCGGCUUCGUCAGCAUGGCCUUCUUUCUGACCUUGUUCAUGACCACCUGGUGUCGCAAGGAGAACGCCCGUCGGGACCUCCUCAACACUGGGGCGGACGUGCAAGAGUUGACGGAAGAGCAGAAAAAGCUGGAGGCGGAGCUUGCCGACAACGUACCAUGGUUCAGGUACACCAUCUAG